UAGUUAGGCAACUUCCGGUUCCUGGUUGAUUUCCUGAAAGGCUGGCAUUUAAACACCAGCUGCUGUGUAAGGGUGGAUGCUGGUGCUGUGAUUCAGCUGCCUCUCCCUGCGGCUAAGGAUACAUGCUUGGGAGGCAUUAGCUCAUUCGUUCUCGCCUUAUAGCUGGAAAGGAACAAGUGGAACUUAGUGUUGAAUCGGUUCAACGUAAAGACCUUUUUACAAAAAUUUCAUUGUCAUAAAAUUUAAUGCAAGAAGGGGUGCCUUGCCCCCUCUUCCAAGCUCCGCGCUGUUUUUGCAAUAGUCACUGCUCAGCAGCCGAUCUCAAGAAAACGUGGAGACGCUCAAGGGAGAAGGAACGAGCCAUACAUUCUGUUGAUCCAGCCCCGUCUUGGUCUGAGACGUUUACUUAUUUUCUUCGUAUCACAGACAAGUGGCUAGCCAGGAAUAAAGUGCUAUAUGUAUUGGGAAGAGUGCGGCCAAUAAGUAUAGCACUGCUGUCUGGGAUCUUCCAAGAGCUAAACGUUGCUCUUUCUCAGCUUUCACCGAAGAAAAGAAACACACUUCUUACCUGUCUGCAAAAAUGUUCAGCUGGUUGGGUACUGAUGACAGACGAAGGAAAGACCCUGAAGUAUUUCAUACUGUAAGUGAGGGCCUUAAAAAACUCUACAAAACCAAGCUGCUCCCUCUGGAAGAAUACUACAAGUUCCAUGAGUUUCAUUCUCCUGCUCUUGAAGAUGCUGACUUUGACAACAAGCCCAUGGUCCUGCUUGUGGGACAAUAUUCCACUGGGAAGACCACCUUCAUAAGGUACCUUCUUGAACAAGAUUUCCCUGGAAUGAGGAUUGGGCCAGAGCCUACAACUGAUUCCUUCAUUGCAGUGAUGCAGGGGGAUGUGGAAGGCAUUGUUCCUGGAAAUGCACUGGUAGUGGAUCCUAAAAAGCCUUUCAGGAAACUCAAUGCCUUUGGCAAUGCCUUCUUGAACAGAUUUGUAUGUGCUCAGCUGCCAAAUCCAGUACUAGAGAGCAUCAGCAUUAUUGAUACUCCAGGAAUCCUUUCUGGGGAGAAACAAAGAAUUAGCAGAGGCUAUGACUUUGCUGCCGUCCUGGAGUGGUUUGCAGAGCGAGUGGACCGCAUCAUUCUCCUCUUUGACGCCCAUAAGCUCGACAUCUCUGAUGAAUUCUCAGAGGUCAUCAAAGCACUGAAAAACCAUGAGGACAAGAUGAGGGUAGUGCUAAACAAAGCAGACCAGAUUGAGACACAGCAGCUUAUGAGGGUUUAUGGUGCUCUCAUGUGGUCUUUAGGGAAAAUUGUCAACACUCCUGAGGUGAUCAGGGUCUACAUUGGUUCCUUCUGGUCCCACCCUCUGCUGAUCCCAGAUAAUCGCAAGCUAUUUGAGGCAGAAGAGCAAGACCUCUUCAGAGAUAUCCAGAGUCUUCCUCGGAAUGCAGCACUUCGAAAACUGAAUGAUCUCAUUAAAAGAGCACGGCUAGCCAAGGUUCAUGCUUACAUCAUUAGCUCACUGAAGAAAGAAAUGCCAUCUGUAUUUGGGAAGGAUAAUAAGAAGAAAGAGCUUGUGAACAACUUGGGUGAGAUUUAUGCACGAAUUGAACGGGAGCAUCAGAUUUCACCAGGAGACUUCCCUAAUCUAAAAAAGAUGCAGGAACAGCUGCAGGCUCAAGAUUUCAGCAAGUUCCAGCCUCUUAAGAGCAAACUGCUAGAUGCUGUGGAGGAUAUGCUAGCCAGUGACAUUGCACAGCUCAUGGUGCUGGUGCGUCAGGAAGAGUCCCAGAGGCCCGUCCAGAUGGUGAAAGGGGGAGCCUUUGAAGGCACCCUGCAUGGCCCAUUUGGACAUGGUUAUGGCGAAGGGGCAGGAGAAGGGAUUGAUGAUGCAGAGUGGGUGGUGGCAAGGGACAAGCCUAUGUAUGAUGAGAUCUUCUACACGUUGUCACCUGUGGAUGGAAAGAUAACUGGGGCUAAUGCCAAGAAGGAGAUGGUGAGGUCCAAGCUGCCCAACACAGUGCUGGGCAAGAUAUGGAAACUGUCUGACAUUGAUAAAGAUGGGAUGCUGGAUGAUGAGGAAUUUGCUUUGGCUAAUCAUCUUAUAAAGGUCAAGCUGGAAGGUCAUGAGCUUCCAAAUGAGCUUCCUUCCCAUCUCAUCCCACCAUCUAAGAGGAAAUUAGCAGAGUGAUAUGCCUACUAAUAAGAGAUUGGGGGAGGGGGGAAUGGAAGGAAAGGGAAUAUACUUGAUGUAUGUUUCAGCUGUGAGGUCACCUUUGGGUUAUGAUGACUUCUCUGGGUGAAGAUCAACUGGAUGCAAAGCUAUGUCCAGUUCUUUCUCACGAUUAUAUGCAAUUAACUUUUCCCACAUAUGAUUCUUGCUUCCCAAUCUAUGCUAAUAUAAGAGGAAACUGAUGGUAGAAAUGGAAGGAGUGGGUAAGGUUGUGCUAUAUAAAUAUGGGCAAAGAUGGCUUCUGUCAUUCAGUCAAGUGCCCCGACUUAUGUAAUUCUUGUUGAAUUUGUCCCCAAGCUGUAGAUAUGCAUUUUAAUUGCUGACAAGUCCCGAGCUAAAAACUGAGCUGAAAAAUACCUCUAGAUGAGAGUGGUGCUUAAAAAUUGCACUUGAAUCUAAAGCAUUUUUACAUGGCCAAAAUGAAUUUUUCUGAGGCAGUCUUCUGUUCCUGUUCAGUCUUCCUGCCUGUCUUCUGUGUUUUUAUUGAUUACAUGUGGUACAGUUUUGUCUUCAGGAUAACUUGCUGGGGGAGAAUAGCAGACAAGAACCCCUUUUUAGGCAUUUGACAUUGUGUUUGGUAUUUGACCUUUCUUAGAGGAAAAGGAAGCAGGCCUACCCAGGGUUUUGGAAACUCUGGAUUUCAAUUUAGGGCCUUGAAACCCUUUCUAGUUAUCUACGCUCACUUACAAAUACUGCUGGGAUUCUGUGACAUUUUUCAAUUUGAGGGCGAUGCUGCUGGAGUUUGGUCAGUUUCAAACUGAUAGCCCAGGCCAAAGAAAGUAUGAGAGGCAAGUAGGACUAGCACACCUCUUGCACAGCAAUGAUAGCAAACUCAGGGGCAGGUACCAAAGUAGAGGCAAGUGUUUCCUGGCAUUCUGCCCCUAAAAUUAGACCAUGCUCUUCACAUUGCUUCAGAUGUUCAUUUUAUUGUGCCUGGACUAAUAGCGGCUUGGAUCAAGCACAGCAUUUCUUUGAAUAGAAGGAUUUCUGCCCACAGCAUCCCACAUUCUUGCUCCUCUCCUUGCAGCUGCAAUCUGAAAUCCCCCUGUCACCCAGGUGCUGCAUUUCAGAGGGCAUUUUGAGCUGCAGGUAUUUUUUUUUUUUUGCGGGGGGGGGGGGGGGGAGCACUGGCUCCAAAACAUUGUUCAUUGCCUUACCUUAAUUACAUUUAUAUGUACAAUUUAAAAUGGCAAGUCUCCUUGUCAUUUCCUUGUUCCAUCCAUUUAUUGCAAGCAAGGAAUGCAUGGCUAAGAAUAAGCUACAGCUUCUGUCACUGCCCCUCCCCCAGCAUCCCUCUGUAUGUCUGUCAAAGCCCCCACCCCAACAAUUGUUCACAGUUAUUUUUAGGAAAAUUAUUGUAAACUUUACCCUCACUGAAGAUCCUGAGCCAAGCCCUUUCCUUCUCUCUCUGCUCAAAUUAUGCCUUUACUCUCCCAUUUUUGUUGGUGUCCAGGAUGAGACUGUAGUCCUUGUUGCUCUGUAUAUGAUGAAAUCCUAAUGUGACUAGGGAGGGGUGGGGAGAGAGCCAGAACAGUUAUAACUUAUUUUAUAUCUGUGUUAAUAUUAUAUAAAGAAAUUAUAUAUUCUAUGUAUGUAAAACAUUCUCAUUGCAGUGCAUUUAUUGUUCUUCAAAGAAAUUAAUGCAUUAACCAUUUUUUGUACCCUGGUCCUAAAACAUUAUUAAAAAAUGAAGGCCA